AUUCUAUUUUGCGAGCCUUUAUCUGUCAUUUCGUUUCGCAAUCUUUUCUUUUCCUCGCUUCUCGUCUUCUCUCUCUCUCUCUCUGAAUCGAAACCCUAGAAAUCCAUCGUCUUCCACAAUCUGACACCUCUACCUGACGGAACCUAUAUUCUCUCAUCAAACCUCAGUUAUCCAAAUCCGAUACUCAAAUCCCCAUCCCAAUUCCCCGCAUCGACCUCACUGCCCCAAUUCCCCCAAUUCGCACCUUCCAACGCCACAAUCUUAGAAUCGCCGAUUCCGCUACGGUGGCUAGCGCAUGGGUAAGAUUCUCCGAGAAACCGCCAAGCCGUCGGCGAAUUCUUCAUCGGCGUCCCCCUCUUCUGCGGCGCCCGCCACCACGUCUUCCACGUCGGUGACGGAGACGGUGAGAGGCUCGCACCAGUUCAAGAUCACGGGCUACUCGCUCUCGAAGGGGAUCGGGAUUGGAAAGUACAUGGCCUCCGACGUGUUUUCCGUUGGAGGGUACGAUUGGGCGAUUUAUUUCUACCCCGAUGGGAAGAGCGUGGAGGACAAUGCGACCUACGUGUCGCUCUUCAUCGCUCUGGCCAGCGACGGCACCGACGUUAGGGCGCUUUUCGAGUUAACCCUUUUGGAUCAGAGUGGCAAGGAGAGGCACAAGGUGCAUAGCCAUUUCGAGAGGACACUCGAAAGCGGGCCUUACACGUUAAAAUACCGCGGUAGUAUGUGGGGUUACAAAAGAUUUUUUAAGAGAACAGCUCUAGAAACAUCGGACUACCUUAAAGAUGAUUGUCUCUCUGUGAAUUGUAGUGUUGGUGUUGUGAGGUCACGUACGGAAGGUCCUAAAAUCUAUACGAUUGCAAUACCACCUUCUAGCAUUGGCCAUCAGUUUGGGCAUCUACUUGAAAGUCGUAAAGGAAGUGAUGUGAAUUUUGAAGUGAACGGAGAAAUUUUUUCUGCUCAUAAAUUGGUAUUAGCAGCUCGGUCACCUGUUUUUAGAGCACAGCUUUUUGGUCCUAUGAAAGAUCAGAAUACCCAGUGUAUUAAAGUUGAGGACAUGGAGGCUCCAGUUUUCAAGGCAUUGCUUCAUUUUAUAUACUGGGACUCACUACCAGAUAUGCAUGAGCUUACUGGGUUGAACUCAAAGUGGGCAUCAACCUUGAUGGCUCAGCAUCUUCUAGCAGCAGCUGAUCGGUACGGCCUAGAGAGGCUUAGGCUGACGUGUGAAGCAAGUCUUUGUGAAGAUGUAGCAAUUAAUACUGUGGCUACAACUUUAGCCUUGGCAGAGCAGCACCAUUGUUUCCAACUGAAAGCUGUUUGUCUCAAGUUUAUCGCUACUUCUGAAAAUCUUAGAGCUGUGAUGCAAACUGACGGAUUUGAGUACUUGAAGGAAAGUUGCCCAUCUGUUCUGACUGAGCUAUUGGAGUACGUGGCCAGAUUUACUGAGCAUUCGGACUUCAUGUGCAAGCAUAGGAAUGAAGCACUACUUGAUGGCAGUGACAUAAAUGGGAGGCGGGUGAAGCAAAGGCUCUAGUUUCAACACUGAACAGCUUUCUGUACAACCCUCUUCUACUCUCCGUUUUAAAAGAUCGAGUGUGUAGUUGAUGGGAAAAUAUAUAUAAUCUUUUAUAGGAUCAGAGGCAAAUUUUAAAUUUCUUAGCUUAUUCUUGUGUAAGAGAUGUAAAUGUAAUUUGUGUUGUUGCUGUUACCGUUCUGUUUGACGUAGGUUUCUUCUGUAAUAUCUUAAGGAUUCCUUUUUACUGGAAAACAUGUCUGGAAAUUGUUGAUUUGAUCGCUA